GGAGUUUUAUUUACGUCUUAAAUGCCUUAUUUACUCUCCUUUGGUCUACUAUAUUGGCUAAUACGAGUCUAAUGGCAUUUAAACACAAUUGCAAUGGCAAUUAAUUAAUGUGUUGUAAUGGUGGAAGUAUGUUGGAAUUACAUUGUCCAUGAAAAAGCAAGGAACUGCUCACUUGGUCGCCCAGGAGCAGUGCUGUGAGGCGGUCCUGGAACAGCUACUAUGUGACGAGGGCACCUCCAUGGCUCUCUGGCAGUCUGCCUGUGAGAGACACUUCUUCCAAGGGGAGCCGUGGCAAACCAGAAUCCUCAAGAUGUGCUGUGACUGUUGCAUGUUCGGUGUGACGUCAGCACUCCACGAUCCCGGCUGCGAGAUGGCUUACGUGUCGCUGGGGAAACGGUGCACACACGCUGCAAAAAGCUGCUGUGCCAAAAACACGACAGAGGAAAUAUACCCAACUGUAGAAGCGUCACUGAAUGCCACCAGCUUUCCUCCAGUGGUGUCGGGCAACUGUACAGUCUCCAAUUGCUCCCAGCUUUGCAUUGACAAUGGGACGUGUGCAUGCCGUGCUGGUUAUCAGCUCCAAUUUGAUGGAGUCACUUGCGAGGAUAUUAACGAAUGCUUGAUCAGCUCCCACAAUUGCCUCUUCGGCCAAGCGUGUAUCAACACAGAGGGCUCGUUCCGCUGCCAACGGGAGACCAGCUGCGGCACCGGCUACGAGCUAACCAACAGCAACCACUGCCAAGAUAUCGAUGAAUGCGCUUUGGGAAUGCACAACUGUGGAUUGGCAUUCCUGUGUAACAACACUGAAGGGUCCUUCCGCUGUCAUCCGAGGGAGAAGUGUGCUGUUGGGUUCAUUCAAGAUGCAGUCGGCAGCUGUAUUGACAUCAACGAGUGCGUGAUCCACUCUAGUCCCUGCCAGCCCGGCCACACGUGCAUCAACACACCGGGCUCGUACACGUGUCGCAAGAACACGGUCACGUGUGGACGUGGCUACCACCUGAAUGCGGAUGGCACACGCUGUGAAGAUGUGGACGAGUGUCAGACGGGCAACGUGUGCGGCCACCACGUCUGUGUCAACAUGAUGGGCACCUAUCGAUGUGAAUGCACAAAUGGAUUUGUGUUCAACAGCGUCAACAAACAGUGUGAAGAUAUCGACGAGUGCAGGCAUUAUCCAGGGCGACUCUGCGCUCACAAGUGUGUCAACACCGAAGGGUCCUACCAGUGCGAAUGCUCCAAGGGUUUCCAACUCUCCCAAGAUGGCAGGAGUUGUGACGAUGUCAACGAGUGCGAGGCCAACCCGUGCGACCAGGAGUGCGCCAACACCUACGGCUCCUACCAGUGCUACUGUCGCCGUGGUUACCAGCUGAGUGACACUGAUGGGAAUACAUGCGAAGAUAUCGAUGAAUGUGCGCUGCCCACUGGGGGUCAUGUGUGCUCCUACCGCUGCUCCAACGCACCUGGAAGCUUCUACUGCACCUGCCCACCUAUGGGAUACACCCUUGCAGCAAAUGGACACACAUGCCAAGAUAUUGAUGAGUGUGAAACAGGAAGCCACACCUGCUCCGCCUCGCAGAGCUGUUUCAACAUUCACGGAGGAUAUCGUUGCUUGACCCUCGAGUGUCCCUCCUACUACCAGAAAGUGGAGAAUGGAGCCAGGAAAGCGUCCAGCAUGCGUUGCGUUAAAUCCUGUCCGUUGAACGAUUACGUCUGCAUGCAAGACCCCGUCCACCUCAUCAGCUACACCAUCCUAUCAUUGCCCACCUACAAACACCUCAACCAACCGGAAGAUGUGGUUUUCCUGCGAACGGCAUCAUCCGCCGACAGCGCCGACGCUGAUGUGGUCUUUGAAAUCCUGACGACAGAUGACCGGGCCUCAUUUGACGUGGUCAAGCGCUCACAACAGGGUAUUGUCAUGGGAGUGGUGCGGCAGGUGAAGCCAGUCAACGGCCCCAUCGACAUCGAGUUGCACGUGGCGCUGAGCUAUGUUAGGUCAGGACUCGUCUCACAUCGCAACAUCGUCGUCAUCUACAUCUGCUUCACAGAGUUCUGGUUCUGAGCCAUGUGUUCACCAUGUGAAUUGUAUAUAAGGUGCAAAAUUUAUGCCAAAAGAAUGCAUAUUUGCAAUAGAU